UGUUUUCGAGCACGGGUUUUUCUAGUCCAAGUGUAUCUUGUCUUUACCAUGAAUUCUUUUCCUUGGUUAACAAUAUUUGUAGUUUUACCGAUAUCCGCGGGUUCCUUAAUUUUCCUUUUCACUCAUAGAGGAAAUAAAGUAAUUAAGUGGUAUACUAUAUUUAUAUGUGCCUUUGAACUCCUUUUAAUGAAUUAUGUGUUCUCUUAUUAUUUCCAAUUGGACGAUCCAUUAAUCCAAUUAACAGAAGAUUAUAAAUGGAUCCAAUUUUUUGAUUUUUACUGGAGAUUGGGAAUCGAUGGAUUUUCUUUAGGACCUAUUUUACUGACAGGAUUUAUCACUACUUUAGCUACUUUAGCGGCUCGGCCAAUUACUCGGGAUUCUCGAUUAUUCCAUUUUCUGAUGUUAGCAAUGUAUAGUGGUCAAAUAGGAUUAUUUUCUUCUCAAGAUCUUUUACUUUUUUUUAUCAUGUGGGAGUUAGAAUUAAUUCCCGUUUAUCUACUUCUAUCCAUGUGGGGGGGAAAGAAACGUCUGUAUUCAGCUACAAAGUUUAUUUUGUAUACUGCGGGAGGUUCCGUUUUUUUAUUAAUGGGAGCUUUGGGUAUCGCUUUAUAUGGUUCUAAUGAACAGAGAUUCCAUUUUGAAACAUCAGCUAAUCAAUCAUAUCCUGUGGCGCUAGAAAUAUUUUUCUAUAUUGGAUUUCUUAUUGCUUUUGCUGUCAAAUCACCGAUUAUACCCUUACAUACAUGGUUACCAGACACCCAUGGGGAAGCACAUUAUAGUACUUGUAUGCUUCUAGCCGGAAUCUUAUUAAAAAUGGGGGCAUAUGGAUUGGUUCGAAUCAAUAUGGAAUUAUUAUCUCACGCUCAUUCUAUUUUUUCUCCCUGGUUGAUAAUAGUAGGCGUAAUGCAAAUAAUCUAUGCAGCUUCAACAUCUCCUGGUCAACGAAAUUUAAAAAAAAGAAUAGCCUAUUCUUCUGUAUCUCAUAUGGGUUUCAUAAUUAUAGGAAUUUGCUCUAUAAGUGAUAUGGGACUCAAUGGAGCCAUUUUACAAAUAAUAUCACAUGGAUUUAUUGGUGCCGCACUUUUUUUCUUGGCAGGAACGGGUUAUGAUAGAAUACGUCGUGUUUAUCUUGAUGAAAUGGGUGGAAUGGCUACCUCAAUGCCAAAAAUAUUCACGACAUUCAGUAUCUUAUCACUAGCUUACCUUGCAUUACCAGGCAUGAGCGGUUUUUUUGCGGAAUUGAUAGUAUUUUUUGGAAUAAUUACAGGCCAAAAAUAUCUUUUAAUGUCAAAAAUAUUAAUUACUUUUGUAAUGGCAGUUGGAAUGAUAUUAACUCCUAUUUAUUUAUUAUCUAUGUUACGCCAGAUGUUCUAUGGAUAUAAGCUGUUUAAUGCCCCAAACUCUUCUUUUUUUGAUUCUGGACCGCGGGAGUUAUUUGUUUCGAUCUCUAUCCUUCUGCCUGUAAUAGGUAUUGGUAUUUAUCCGGAUUUCGUUUUCUCAUUAUCAGUUGACAGGGUUGAAGCUAUUCUAUCUAAUUAUUUUUAUAGAUAGUUAGAUAGUUUUUCUAAAUAAAACAAAAAAAAAAGAAAUCCUAUGAUUUUUAAAAAUUA